AAAAUUGGAUGCCGACAGUGGCGCCCCUACCGUCCUGUCCCCCGGGACUGGAGUACCUGACCCUGCUAGACGAGGUCAUCGUCAAACAAGAGGUCGAGUUGUUGGAGGUUGUCUUUGGCUUUGAAACAGAGAACGCUUACACCAUCUACAACAAGGCCAACGAAAUAUGUUACUACGCAUUCGAAA